CUGAAGACAUACAGUGGAAGUGGGAGUAUUGCUUCAGUUCCCAGAAGGCUCGACUGGAGUAAAGGUGUCUAUACAUACAUGAACAAUGUGUGGUCUCACCUGUGCAUAGAAGUGUGUUUAUUAAGAAAGCAUUAGGGUAAGAAAGGGCAAACAGGAUAUCACAGACAUGGGACUGCAGAUGAAGCCGAUUUUGCUGGGCACUGCAUUCGCAGCUGUAGCUUGCAUGACUAUCAUCACUUUGAUUCUGUCUCUUGCUAAUCGGCAGACUUUGGGUCAGCCUUACUCGACACAGUAUGGGAUUGUGUUUGACGCCGGCUCCACUCACACUGCCCUCUUCCUGUACCAGUGGCUGGGGAACAAAGACAACAACACAGGAAUAGUUUCACAAAAACUGAGCUGUGAUGUGGACGGUGAUGGCAUAUCCAGUUAUGUCAAGAAUCCUCCUGCAGCCGGAGAAAGCCUUAAGAAAUGCUUAAAUGUUGCCAAAGCAGCUGUACCAGCAGAACAGCAGAAGACCACACCUGUAUAUCUAGGUGCCACUGCAGGCAUGCGACUUCUUAGCUUACAGAACCAAAGUCAAGCAGACACUAUCCUUAAAGAGGUCACCAACACAAUCCAAAGUUAUAGUUUUGAUUUCCGAGGGGCCCGAAUACUCACCGGCAUGGAGGAAGGGACUUAUGGCUGGAUAACCAUCAACUACCUCUUGGAGAGAUUUAUCAAGCACACAUUUGAUGGAAAAUGGAUCCACCCCAAAUCGGCACAAAUCCUUGGAGCUCUAGAUCUGGGUGGCUCAUCAACGCAGAUCUCAUUCACCCCGAAAGACCCAGUGACAGUCCCAGAAUCAAAGUUUAAUCUCCAGCUCUACGGGUACAAGUAUGAGGUGUACACACAUAGUUAUCUGUGCUAUGGGAAAGACCAGGCAAUGAGAAAACUUCAGGUGCAGCUUCACAAGACUGCCGGAUCAUCAUUUGUUAUCGAUCACCCAUGCUAUCAUAAAGGACAUAACCUUACUGUUACUUUGGCUGACCUGUACAACUCCCCUUGUGUGGAGAAACCAAACAACUUUGUACCUACGACUACAAUCACUUUCACAGGGACCAGCAACUCUUCCCUUUGUCUCUCUCUAAUGGAAGACAUUGUCAACGUGACUGACUGCAAAUUUUCUCCAGACUGUGGCUUCAAUGGAGUCUAUCAGCCUCCGGUCAAUGGGGAGUUCUUUGCUUUUUCAGCAUACUUUUAUACCUUUGAAUUUUUCGGCCUCAUCCCUAAAGCUCCACUGGCCAAGGUUCUUGCCACUAUAGACACUCACUGCAGCAAAUCCUGGAGCACCCUUGUUGCUGAAUAUCCAAAAAUUAAGGAAAAAUAUCUGAAAGACUACUGUGCUUCUGCUCAUUAUAUUAUGACUAUUCUACUGAAAGGAUACAAGUUCAAUAACACAUGGGAUAAGAUCUCUUUUGAAAAACAGGUGGUAGACACCGAUGUUGGUUGGACGUUGGGCUACAUGUUAAACCUGACCAAUCUGAUUCCCUCGGAACCUUCCAGAGCAAUAACAGGGGUGCCAAACAGUCAAUGGCCUGCUCAGAUUUUCUUCAUUGUAUUUGCCCUUUUCCUCAGUCUACUUAUUAUCAUCUUUAUGUUUAUUAAUAAUCCAAAGCAAUAA